GCGUCAAGACAACGGUAGAGUGUACUUCGUCAACCACAACACACGAACUACGCAAUGGGACGACCCCCGAACCCAAGGGAUGAUCAAGGAGCACCCCCUGCCCCCGGGCUGGGAGAUGAAGUACACCGCCGAGGGAGUCCGAUAUUUUGUGGACCACAACUCGCGCACCACCACCUUUAAAGACCCCCGACCUGGGUUUGAGUCAGGGUCGCGGCAGGGCGGUUCACCCGGCGCCUACGAUCGCAGCUUCAGGUGGAAAUACCACCAGUUCCGUUUCCUGUGCCAUUCUAACGCGUUGCCGAGCCACGUGAAGAUCUCUGUGUCCAGACAGACGCUGUUCGAGGACUCGUUUCAACAGAUCAUGAACGUGAAGCCGUACGACCUUCGCCGUAGACUCUACAUCAUCAUGCGCGGCGAGGAGGGGCUGGACUACGGCGGCAUCGCCAGGGAGUGGUUCUUCCUGUUGUCCCAUGAGGUCCUCAACCCUAUGUACUGUCUGUUCGAAUACGCCGGCAAGAACAACUACUGUCUGCAGAUUAACCCCGCCUCCUCCAUCAACCCCGACCACCUCACCUACUUCCGCUUCAUCGGCCGCUUCAUCGCCAUGGCUUUGUACCAUGGGAAGUUCAUUGACACUGGCUUCACGCUGCCGUUCUACAAGCGAAUGCUGGACAAGAAACCUACAUUAAAAGACUUGGAAUCCAUAGAUCCAGAGUUUUAUAACUCCAUCAUGUGGGUCAAGGAGAACAGUCUGGAGGAAUGUGGCGUGGAACUAUAUUUCGCUCAGGACAUGGAAAUCCUGGGUAAAGUGUCGACUCAUCAGCUGAAGGACGAUGGCGAGAACGAGCUGGUCACCGAGGAAAACAAGGAGGAGUACAUCAGCCUGUUGACGGACUGGAGGUUCACCCGCGGAGUGGAGGAACAGACCAAAGCCUUCCUGGACGGAUUCAACGAGGUGGUUCCUCUGGAGUGGCUGCGAUACUUCGACGAGAAAGAGCUGGAGUUGAUGCUGUGUGGGAUGCAGGAGAUAGACCUGUCCGACUGGCAGAAGAACACUAUCUACAGACACUACACCAAGAACAGCAAACAGAUCCACUGGUUCUGGCAGGUGGUGAAGGACAUGGACAACGAGAAGAGGAUCCGCCUCCUUCAGUUUGUUACAGGAACAUGUCGACUGCCGGUCGGAGGCUUCGCUGAGCUCAUAGGAAGUAAUGGUCCCCAGAAGUUCUGCAUAGACAAGGUGGGGAAGGAGACUUGGCUUCCGCGAAGCCACACAUGCUUCAAUCGCCUGGACCUCCCCCCCUACAGGAGUCUGGAGCAGCUGCGAGAAAAGCUCCUGUUCGCCAUCGAGGAGACGGAGGGUUUCGGACAGGAGUGACUGACCGGACCGACACCGGCCGGGCCCUGAAUUCAACACAAUAGUUUAUCUUCUUGUUCUUUUUCAUUUGUUAAUCACAGGGCUAUGAAAUCACCUGACAUUAAGCCCCUUACCCUGAUCCAGUAGAGAGGGCGGGGCCGAGAGACUGAGGGGGCGGGGCUGAACGGAGGCUGCGUUCGUGGAUGUUUGUGUCGACGCCGCUGUGUUUAUGCAUAGAAACAGUGAAUGUGUUUGGAACGUGCAGAGAUUUAUUCACUAUACGGACAAAAGUAUGUGGACACGUUGAAUCCAGGUGUUUCUUUUCUAACGGGUCUGGGGUACAAAACGAUAACGACUAAUGUCAGAAUAUAGUUUUAUAUUAUGGGAUAAACAUCA